CAACCGACAAAACAGCAUAAAGAGGAAGAUGUAAUAGCCUACUGUUGUCAGGGUGGUUUCGGGUUUCUUUCAUUAGUUAGUUUCACAGUUCCAGCCAUGUUAUCAGGGUCUCUUUACGCGUUGUUGGCGGGGUUUAUGGGUGCUGCAGCUUCUUUGACUGCCAAGCUGUCAUUUGGCGCACACUACCUGAGCGACAUGUGUGAGGCCGGGCUCAGCCGGACUGGAUCACCUGGACAGACUGCAGUUUGUGACUGGCUUCACAUCCCUCUGCGGCUGCUGUGUGCUGGGCUGCUGUUCACCUGUAAUACUGUCAUGUGGACCUUUUUCUCCAAAGCUCUCCGGCACUGCUCCUCUUCAGCCAGGGCCACAGUCACUACCACUGCAUCCAACUUCAUCUCCUCAGCCGUCCUGGGGAGGCUGAUUUUUGGAGAGACCCAUGCAGCUCUAUGGUGGGUAGGCAUCUCUCUCACUCUGUGUGGACUGCUGGUGCUUCAUAGAUCCACGCCUCAGGCUCUUCCACAAGAAGAGGGUAAAAAGGACACAUGAGCAUGCAACUGCUGCUAUUCAGCCCCGGUUGCAAAAACCUGUGGUCAGACUUUUUUGGGCACUUACUUGAAUUUCUCGGGCAUUUAAAGUUUAAUUUUAAUUUUAAAGUGUAAAGUGUAUAGAAAAUGUCAGGUAGGGUCUUUGAGACUCAUAAGGUGUAAUGGUACAAACACUUUUUCGUUUACUGAAUAUGACACAAUCUCAAUUAUAUACUGAUGUCUAUAUUAACUGAAGUUGCAAACCAAACAUCCACCAAAAGAUUUUCUGAAUGCCUCUGUUUCUGUUGGAUUCCUUGUAAAUCAGACCAAAAGUUUUAUGGCCAGCAGACCAAUGAGUCUAUGUUUACAUCUCCCAAGGCAAAGUUUUCCUUUGGAGUUGCAAUUGAGAGAUUGUUUUUCCUCUUUCUUUGGAGAAUACAACACUCACCCACGUAAAGAGCAGGGUAGGAAAAGAGAUAACAGGAAGAGAGCUUAAGAACAAAGAAAAGCUAAAAGCGAUUAUGAGAAGCUUAGUGUUUAAAAAAAAAAAAAGGCAGAAGGAAAGAC